AUGGAGAAGGACGGUGACGGCGGCGAUGGCCUCCGCCACCACGCCAUCCGGCUCCCGCUCACAGUUGCAGCAAUGGAGGGCUCGGGCUCGGAGAUCACCAGCAACGGAGGGCCAAGCGUCUCGCUGCGCCAGAAAGCGUCUUCGCUCAUGGCCUCCUCGGCAGCGGCGUACCGCAGCAAGCCCGCCUCCUUCUGGGCGCUCCUCGCGCUCAGCGGCGGCGCGAUGCUCACGGCGUUCCCGGCGGCCAGCCUGCUCUCGCGCCUCUACUACAACGGAGGCGGCCAGAGCAAGUGGAUCCUCUCGUGGUCCGCCGUCGCCGGCUGGCCCAUCCCGGCGCUGCUGCUGCUCCCCUGCUACCUCUUCACCGACGCGUCGCCGACGUGGCCGCCGUCGCCGUGGCUCUGCUUCUGGUACGCCCUGCUCGGCCUGCUCAGCGCCGCCGACAACCUCAUGUACGCCUGGGCCUACGCGUACCUGCCGGCCUCCACGGCGUCCCUCGUCGCCGCGUCCUCGCUCGCCUUCUCCGCCGUGUUCGGCCGCCUCAUCGUGGGGAAGAAGAACAGGAUAGGCUUGUCCACGCUGAACGCCAUCGUGGUGAUCACCGCCGGCGUGGUGAUCAUCGCGCUGGACUCGGGGUCCGACCGGUACCCGGGGAUCACGGGCCGGCAGUACGCGCUCGGGUUCGCGCUGGACGUGGCCGGGUCGGCGCUCCACGGCCUCAUCUUCGCGCUCUCGGAGCUCGUCUUCGACAAGUACCUCAGCAACGGCAGCGGAGACGGUGCCGCCGCGACCCGCUUCCACGUGGUGCUGGAGCAGCAGGCGGCGGUGUCGCUGAGCGCGUUCGCGUUCACGUCGGCGGGGCUGGCGGCCACCGACGGGUUCGCGGGUACGCGAUGGUGA